AUGACACGACCCUUUCCGGCCCCACGUGAGCUGCUGGAGGCCCUUCACGAGGCGUUGUCAUUUAUCGAGUCUCUACCUGCUCUGCCGGAGGGUCCGAGACUCGUGCGCCUCGGUGUGGAUUCGACAAGCGCAGCCGGCGCGUCGUGUGCCUUCCUGGAACCGGAGGGGUGGACUGAAGUUACGUCUAACAUGGAGGAGCGUGUAGCGGCGCAGCUUCUCAAGGAGCGGCUACUGCAGCGCAUCACAGAAGGCCCCGUGCGUCGACUGAGGUACAUCGCAGAGCUGCACACAGCUGAAGUGGAGGCGCCGCUGGUCAUUCGUGACACAGCAGCGGAGCUGCUGCUGGCCUGCACUGAAUAUGAAAUUCGACUCCGUGCGCGGCCUGGUGUGGUGCUGAACGGCACCACAGAAGGUGGUGUGCGACUUUCGUUCAGCGGAAUCGGUGUGGGUGUGUUUCCGGCGCCGUCAACAGUUCUGCGACUCGCGCGAGCAGUAACGGCGAUGUGCCGCGGGGAGGCAGAGCGUACGUUUCUCCUACAGGCGCUAGGUCGCGCAAGCGAACGCGCCACUGGCGCACUCGCUUCUCCUCUGCCGAGUCACAUUGUUGCGGCAGUCAUACAACGCCUGCACGUCUUGCCUCUUGCCGUUUCCGCGGCGCUGCUGAGGGAGUGCAUGAAUUCACCUGGAAGUGCUGGGGAGAGAGCCAUGGAAGUAGCAGGGAAGAGCUCAGCUCAGAAGGCGCACUGGCUUAAUGCAGUGUGGGCGAUGGCGAGGCAGUGGUGGAAGUCGGUGCAAGAACGUAGACGUGGCAGGUGGUUGAUGCACGAGAAAACUCCUGCCACCUACUCCGUGAGCUUGUCCUCCUGCGUCACCGCCAGCGAGGUCUGGAGGUGCUUGUGCGACCUACUUCUCGCACCGGCAGUCGAUGUCGUUUUCACACAGCAGGCUCUCUCGGACCUGAUGCACUCUGCACCGGUGCGCCGGUGCCGGCAGAACUACCUGACGGUGGCGUCGCCUGCGUUCGUACACACAACUACUUCCGCUCCCCCUCUGCCAGCGGUUGUCGUUGACGUCACGCCCUCCUCACUCCAGCGCACGUCGGUGGCGGACCUCGCGUGCGAGAUUCGCGAGCAGCCGGCAGACGUGGUCCUUGUGCUAUCCAAAGAUGUGCGACUGCAGGAGAAACUGCAGUUUCUCGCGUCGCUGCACUUGACAGACACCGACAGUCACCACUGCGUUACUGUAUUGCUUCCCGGAGAACCGGCAGAGGUGGCUGAGUGCGCGUCGCUGACGCGAUGGUCUGCCUGCCUAGUACCGCAGCAGUCAUACUACGAGGCUGGCCCGUCCAAGCUCCACCCAUGUGACCCGUGCUGGCUGCAUCAGCUUGUCGAGGUGAGUGACGUUCGCACCCCAGAGGUUGUCACAGACGGCGCUCUGGAGCCGCAUGUUCCAGCAUCUACAUCCCUUGCUGAGCUCUACACUGCGCAUGCGUGGCGCCGCCCGUGCGUGACGACGCGGACAAACAGUGUAGGGAUGGAGAUGUCUGCUGCGGUGGUCUUUUCAUGGGAGUGGCUCAUGGCAUCUGCCUCCGGGAAAGGCCACAGAAAGGUGCUUGUGGAGCAAUUCCAGCGCACGCAUCUUGCCCCGCUCGUACUGCUGCGCCCACACGCCGAGGGUGACAGCUGCGACGAUGCUGCGCAGGCGUGGUGGAUCACAUAUGGCGAGAUGUCGAUGUCACGGCAACAGGUAGCGAGGUCGGCAACCGUGCAGUCGCUUGUGAAAAGUAUGCGUGCGGCUUGGCUGGUGCCGUCCUCUGCGCCUGGCCUCCCCACGCCUGCUAGCCGUAGCCACAUAUGCGUUGCCGAGUGCGGCGUUGCGUUUCUCUUUGUGCUGGACGUGGCAUGCCAAAGUUUGCUGCGCCGCGCCAUCGAAUCACCAGAUCAGCUCAACGUUCUGUCCAUCGCGGCUCUCGGACUAGACCCCUCUGCUGGUGGCAUCGUGGAGGUGGCGGACGGCGUCGCCGGCGGGACAGUGGAGACACUUGUCGCUGCCAUGGAAGACAUGGCAGCGGUACACGGGAUCCGCUUCGCGUCGCUCCCGCUGCUCCACUGGAUGGUGGAUAAUGAGCUUCUGUUUUAUCAACUGACUCCGCGCACGAUGGAGCACUACCUCAGGCGCUUUCAAGAGCGCCAUGUGUAG